GUUCGCCAUUCCAAAAAUUUCCAUCUUCAAAAAGAGUGCAAGAUGCAAACAACAGAUGAGAGCAAGAGCCACCACCACCACCACUGCCACCACCGCGUUCCUCUGCAACCGAAUGCUCCACUCUCUCUCCACUCUCCGCCCCCUCAAGAACCUCCACAUCAAACAGGUUCCCCCCCUUCUAUCUCUUUUCCUCAAUAACCACCAAUUCUCAUCCACUUCUCUUCAAAUCCCCACUUUCUCCCCAUCACCACAAAAACCAAACGACACAAACUUAGAUUCAUCUUCAAUCAACCCUUGUGGUAUUGCAAAAUCGGUUCUUUUAAAUUGUUCGCAUCUUUGGGGAAAAAAGAUUGAGACUUUAGAUAAUCACUCUCUCAAAGACCUUCUUUUUAAGCUUUCUAACAUAAACCCAGGAACCACUCGUAGAUUCUUACGGGUUUCAGAGUUGAAACCAGAAGAUGUACUCGAAAUAUUACUGGGUUCUCAAUUUGAGUGCAAGAUGUUUGAAGUUGAAGUUGAAAAGGUUAAGUCUUUGUGGGGAAUUUUCAAGUGGGGUAGUGCCCAGGGUAAGGGUUUUAAGCAUCUUCCUAAAUCGUUCGAGCUUAUUGCCAAGAUGCUCGUUCGAGUGGGUUUGUUUAGAGAGAUUGAAUUCUUGCUCUAUACAAUGGAUAGUGAAGGAAUUCAGUUGGAUAGUAAUGAAAUUUUCAGUAAUCUAAUUGAAGGGUAUGUAGGAGCAGGUGAAGUAAAUAGGGCUAUUUCGGUGUAUGAUCGAUUGAGGCGGCAAGGUUUAGUCCCAUCAAGGUCGUGUUAUCAUGCGAUUCUUGAUUUUCUGGUUGGGAAGAAUGAAACCCAUUUGGCUUUUCGAGUUUAUACUGAUAUGGUGGAGAUGGGGUUGGGAUUGAGUGGAGAAGGAAAUGGUAUUUGUGAAAAUGUUAUCAAACUACUAUGCAGGGAUGGAAAAGUUCAGGAAGCCAGAAAUCUUGUUAGGAAGAUUUUCACGGUUGGAAUCAAACCUAGUAAUUUGGUGAUUGAUGAAAUUGCUAGCAGAUACUGUGAGAAGAAGGAUUAUGAUGAUCUGCUGAAGUUCUUGUUGGAAACUGACUGUGCCCUUGAUGUUGUUGUUGGAAACAAGGUGAUUUUUUCUUUGUGUAGAAACUUUGGUGUAGAAAGAGCAAAUUGGUUUGUGCAAGAAUUGGGGAAUGUAGGUUUUGGUCCUGAUGAAGUUACCUUUGGAAUUUUAAUCGGUUGGAGUUGCCGCGAAGGUAAACUGCGAAAUGCCUUUGUUUAUCUAUCAGAAGUGUUGUCGAGAUCCCUCAAGCCAGAUGUGCGUUCCUAUAAUGCUCUUAUUGCUGGUGUUUUUAAAGAGGGUAUGUGGGAACAUGCAAGGGAAAUUCUUCAUGAAAUGCAUGAUAUAGGAGUAAAACCCAAUUUGGAAACUUUUAAAGCUCUUUUAGCAGGAUAUUCCGGAGCUAGACAGUUUGAUGAAGUGAAAGCAGUAUUGGGUGAGAUGGUCCAAAGUGGUUUGAUUCAACCCUCUUCUGUAUCAGAUUCCCUAUUGACAGCAUUUAUGUUGCUGGGGCUUGAUCCGAUGACAGUUAAAGUGAGAAGGGACAAUGACCUGGGGUUUUCCAAAACCGAAUUUUAUGAUAAUCUUGGCAACGGACUUUAUUUGGAAACAGAUCUAACCGAGUAUGAGAAAACUAUCACAGCAGUUCUUGAAGACUCAUUUGUUCCGGACUUUAACUCCCUUAUAUUGAAGGAUUGUGGUGAAGGAAAUUUUAGAACUGCAGUCUUGAUGGUUGAAGAAAUGGUUCGGUGGGGGCUAGAGUUGUCACCGACUUCCUUCUCAGUGCUAGUUAAAGACCUUUGUGUGUCCAAUUACAGUAUCAAGACAAUUGCCAGUCUUGCAGAUAAAAUGCCGAAGUUGACCACUCAGCUUGAUGAAGACACUCUCAAUCUACUUGUCCAAGCACUCAGCAAAAAGGGAUUCACCAACAAUGCAAUGAAAGUUUUUGGGGCCAUGCGCCAAAUGCAUUUGACAAUCAAGCCUGAAACAUUUACUGCUUUUAUAACUGCUUUAUGCAGGAAAAGAAACUUAACGGGUCUCCUGACUUGCUUGGAAGUUUCAAAGCAGGAUAAAUGGUUACCUGAGCUGAAGGAUUUUAAAGCUCUUGCAGGUUAUCUAUGCCAGCAAGGAUUGCCGGAGGAAGCACUGGAGCUUUUUGAUAAAAUGUGGGUGGCCUACCCUCAUACGAGAUCGCAUAUUUGUCAUGACUUCCUUGAAAAACUGUGCAGUACAGGGUUUACAAGUGUUGCACAUGCUUUGGCGGAGGAAGUUCAGAAACAGGGCCUUUCCUUGGACCGUAUUGCUCAUAGCCAUCUUGUAAAAGGUUUCUUCAAGGAGAAAAUGUUUUCAAAAGCCUUCAUUGUGCUUGAUGUUAUGCUAGCAAAGAACUUGGUUCCAUUUUUGGAUGUCACCGGUCUUUCAAUUACUCAGCUGUGUUGGGCUGGUAAAUUUGAGAAAGCUGUUGCGUUGAAAGAGAUUGCCCUGGGAGAACAACCUCCCUUGUCGAUUUCAAAUUCUGUCUCCUGUUCUUUGAUGAGUGGGUUUUGUAAGUCAGGGAUGGUUAUGGAAGCAGAAAAUAUCCUUCGGGAUAUGGUAAUGAGGAGGCUAGUUCCAGAUUGUGAAACUUUGAAUACGCUGGUUCAAGGUUAUUGUAAAAUUGAUAACCUGAGAAAAGUUGGGGAGCUGCUUAGUGUCAUGAUUAGGAGGAAUAUAACCAUUUCAAUUUCUAGUUACAGCAAGUUGGUUUGCCUUUUGUGUACGAGGGGCAGAGUCCAUUCUGCACUAAGUCUGAAAGAGCUUUUGCUGAGAGAAAGCAACGCUUCGUAUCGUGUCAUUUACAACAUUCUGAUUUUCUAUCUCUUCCAAACGAGAAAGAGUGAGUUUGUGGAUGCACUUCUAGAUGAACUCCAGGAGAAGGGGUUGCAACUUGAUGGAUUCACAUAUAAUUUUCUUGUCUAUGGGUAUUCUCAUUGCAAACAAUUGCUGCUUUCAUUGCAUUAUCUGACUACUAUGAUGUCAACAGGACAUAGGCCAAGUAAUCGUGCUAUGAGAACCAUCAUAAGCUCCCUCUGUGGUGAUGGGGAAUUUGGAAAAGCCUUGGAGUUAAGCGGAGAAAUGGAAUCAAGAGGUUGGAUUGUUGAUUCUACCAUUCAAAAUGCCAUUGUUGAAGGCCUUCUUGAUGAAGGGAAAAUUCAGGAGGCAAUAAGAUUUUUGGAUCGGAUGGUAGAAAAAGGUCUCAUUCCUCACAAUGUUAUAUUCGACAAAAUAAUUAAGCGGUUUUGUUUGUGUGGAAGAGUAGAUAAGGCAGUUGAUCUUCUAAACAUAAUGUUGAAGAAAGGGAAUAUCCCCAGUUCUUCUACUUAUGAUUGUUUAAUUCAUGAUUCCUGUACGUGUCAUAAAUUGGACGGAGCCCUUGAUUUUCUAACUGAGAUGUUGGAUAGAAACCUGAAUCCCAGCAUCAAAACAUGGAAUGUGCUUAUCCACAAUAUCUGUCAAUUUGGACAAAUUACAGAAGUGGAACGACUAUUGAAUGUAAUGAUUCAGAUGGGGGAAACGCCAACGAGGGAGAUUUAUUGCUCUGUGAUUAAUAGAUACCGUUAUGAGAAAAAUCUCAACAAGGCAUCGGAGAUCAUGCAAACAAUGCAGCAAAAUGGUUAUGAGCCGGACUUUGCAACUCACUGGUCUCUCAUAAGCAAUUUAAGUGGUAAUUCCAGUGAAAAGAAUAGUGGUAACGAGGGGCAUCCUUUCCUUUCAAAGCUUCUUUCUGAAAGUGGAUUUGCUCAGAAAAAGGAUCAGAAAGCCAAACUGUAGGGGCAAAGCACAAUGUCUUGAAUCUGGAUUAUAAGCAUGCUACAUUAUUUUCAGGUUAUUACAUAGCUCCAAAGUCCACCGAGGCAUUGUCUCUGUGGGAAGCAGGUGAUAGACUUAUAGUUGACCACAUCAUAUGUGAUUGCACACGUGCUACUUAAUGUGGAAUGCAUCUGAUACUAUUUAAGUGGCCGGCAGCAACUACAUGAAGGAACAAUCAUCUUGGUCUCAACUUUUUGACUCUCUUUCUAUGGUUAACUAUGGAGCAGCUGAAUAUUUUGAGUGCUAAAAGCUUUGGUUUGAAAGAAUUGGCAUUCUGCUCUAAAAACUGCUCCUCGAAUGUCCUUGUAAGCCACUUCCAUGGAUCAUGAAUGAACGUCACCCGUCUAGCUGUAUAAGAAAGUUCUCUAUCUCCCUCAGCCCACAUCAAAUAUAUUCUUGAUCUUCUUGGUUUUGAAGACGCGUAAGUGCAUUUUUCCAUAGAACAAUGAUUGCUUGUAAAUUUGUAAUGCAAGAUAUGGACGAAUCUAGACUAUGGUCUGUCGUAUUGAAGGAAUUUAUGAAGCUUGAAACUAAAUUGUCAGAGGUA